AAACAAAAGAUCUCGGCUGAGCGAGCUCAUUAAUUGAGACUUUCUGCUCGCUUAGCUCGACGUAGCCCGCCAAUACCUUGCCUUUCUUUCGUCUUUUAAGAGUUUGUCAACCCGUUCCGGGGUGACAGGCCAGCCCAGACAAACCCGGGCGUGUUCCCGCGGCGACAGUUUCCUCUUUCUUCGGCACGGUUAACGUCCAGCUGAGCGCUUUGCCUCUCGCUAAAGGCGUUAGCCGCUCGGCUAAUAGGAGCCGCGGCUGCUUUUCGUCCACUUUAGCUAGCUUUAGCUCGGCCCCGUUUCACCCGACUCGGAACUGACGGACACCAGCGGCUUCGGCUUGUCGCUGACAAGCCACUCGAGCGCAAGCAGCAUGUCGGGCCAGUCGUCCGGCUGUGGCUUCCUCAUGUCGGUGGUCGUCCACGGAGACUCGACGCUGAACGAGCAAGAGAAGGAACUUAACCAGCGAUUGCGACGCCUCUAUCCGGCCGUCAACGAGAGCGAGACGCCGCUGCCUCGCUCCUGGAGCCCCAAGGACAAGUUUAGCUACAUCGGCCUGUCGCAGAACAACCUCCGGGUACACUAUAAAGGUCACGGCAAGACCCCGAAGGACGCUGCGUCAGUGCGGGCCACGCACCCCAUCCCGGCGGCGUGCGGCGUCUACUACUUCGAGGUCAAGAUCAUCAGCAAAGGCCGAGACGGGUACAUGGGCAUCGGCCUCUCUGCUCAGGGUGUCAACAUGAACCGGCUGCCUGGUUGGGACAAGCACUCUUACGGUUACCACGGCGACGACGGCCACUCUUUUUGCUCUUCCGGCACCGGGCAGCCGUACGGACCCACAUUCACGACGGGCGACGUGAUAGGUUGCUGCGUCAACCUCAUCAACAACACCUGCUUCUACACAAAGAACGGACAUAGCCUCGGGAUCGCAUUCACAGACCUUCCGCCCAACUUGUACCCGACGGUGGGCCUCCAGACCCCGGGUGAGGUGGUGGACGCCAACUUCGGUCAGCACCCGUUCGUCUUCGACAUUGAGGACUAUAUGCGCGAAUGGAGGACCAAGAUUCAGGCGCAGAUCGACCGCUUCCCCACCGGCGAGCGCGAGGGCGAGUGGCAGUCCAUGAUCCAAAAGAUGGUGGCGUCCUACUUGGUGCAUCACAGCUACUGCGCCACCGCCGAAGCCUUCGCCAAGACCACCGACCAGGCCGUGCACGAGGAGCUGGCCUCCAUCAAGAACCGGCAGAAGAUCCAGAAGCUGGUGCUGUCAGGCAGGAUGGGCGAGGCCAUCGAAACCACCCAGCAGCUCUACCCGAACCUCCUGGAGAGGAACCCGGACCUGCUUUUCAUGCUCAAGGUGAGACAGUUCAUCGAGAUGGUGAACGGGACGGACAGCGAGGUGCGCUGUCUGGGGGGUCGCAGCCCCAAAUCUCAGGACAGUUACUCCGGCUCCCCGCGGCCCUUCGGCAGCCCCGCCCACAAAGCCGGCAGCGCGCCGUCCUAUCUGACAGGUGGGGACAACAACUGUUGUAACGGCGUGACGUCCAACAAGAGCCACGGCUCCGCACCGCACAGUCAUAAGCCCUGCCCCCUGGGCUCAGGCUCCGCCCCCCCGGCGUCAGACGCCAGCUUGAACGGGAGCCACUGUCAGACGACCGGAAGCAGCGACAUGGACAUGGAAGUGGAGCACUUCACCAACGGCGUGACGGAGACCUCAAACGGCUUCCUGAACGGUUCCUCCAAACACAUCCACGAGGCGGACGACUGCGACGCCGACAUGGAAGUGGAGUCGGCGCUGAUUAAGCGGCAGCUGUGCGGUGGCAGCCAGGCGGCCGUCGAAAGGAUGAUCCACUUCGGACGGGAGCUGCAGAGCAUGAGCGAGCAUCUCCGGAGAGAGUGCGGAAAGAACUCUGCCAACAAGAAGAUGCUCAAGGACGCCUUCAGCCUGUUAGCCUACUCGGACCCGUGGAGUAGUCCGGUGGGUUACCAGCUGGACGCCAUCCAGAGGGAACCCGUCUGCUCCACCCUCAACAGUGCAAUACUCGAGACGCACAACCUGCCCAAGCAGCCCCCUCUGGCCCAGGCGGUGGGCCAGGCCGCCCAGUGCCUCGCCAUCAUGGCGCGAACGGGCAGCGGCUCCUGCGCCUUCGCCUCCGUGGACGAUUACUUGCACUAGCCGUACAAACGCACACAGUACUGCGCAAAUGUCUUGGUCCGCCAUCAGAAUGGCGUUUGGAUGCUUCCGAUAAUUACCACAAGAUGGCAGCAAAGCAAUACUUUAAUGUCCAAUCCAAAUGAAGUCCAAAAUGCACCUUCCCACCAAUGAGUUUAUCAUUAGUAGAUGUCCUAUCCAUUUGAAGUGAAGGGUGGCUGCCAUCCCUCUCACUUCAAAUGGAUUGGACGUCUACUCUCUAACUGCCCUCAAAUUUAACCCGUUGUCUACUUUUCGGAGAAGGAAUAACAUCAUCAGGUAAGAAAAUUUAAAAAUAAUUCUUUGUAAUCAUUUCUUAAAGUGAAGUGAUUUGACGUAUAUUCUUGGAUGUGGUUUUGCUGUUCGUUGGGAACCAAACGUACGUCAAGCUUUGCCGUCCUCUUGUGGCCAAAGAUAGCAGUGCAAGACUUUUGAACACUACUGUGUGGACUCUUAUGUAUAUGCACACACCGCCUCCCUUUACGUGGUAAAUAGAAUUCAGCGCCCCCACCACCACACCCCUCCCCCUGACGGCUGUCCCCACCACUGACUGACGACGGCCAUCUUGAAUGGCCUACCCCGCCAUCAAACCCCAUCGCAAUGUGACCCCCAUUUUUUUUUUAUUUGUAUACGUCUAUUUAGUGCUGGCGUCAAAGGGGGCGGGGGGAAUUCGGGUUUUACUUUGGUUGGAGUUCACAAGGCGCAGAUGACGCUCAUCGGAAUUAUUAUUCUUGUUUCUUGCAUUGAGUUUACGCCCACUCGUGAUGCCAAUAAAGGACGUCAGCCGGCGGAA